CGCAAAAACUCUUACCUCCAACUGUCUAAUACAAACAGAAAAAAGUUAGCAAAUGGACCCCACUUCACUCUCAUCUUCCUCCCUGUAACAGACACACACAGACACACUCUUCAGAACUUCUCUCACUCUCAUUCAUUCACUAUUUCACCUUCCCUGAAAAUUCAAUUGCCCAAUUUCUAGGGUUUGUAAUCCUUUGAAAACAAACAAAAUCAAGGAAUUACGAUGCGUUCUCUCUCCUCGAUUUUCUUAAUCUUCCUCCAUUUUUCUACAAUUUGUUUCCAUUUUUGCAAUGCUCGCGUUUUCACCUUCGAAAUGCAUCAUAGAUACUCGGAACAAGUGAAGACUUGGUCGCAGAACAACUAUCAUCUUCAUCCUCAUCACCCUCAUAAUCAUCAUUAUUAUCAUCAUCUUCAUCAUCGUUGGCCGAAGAAAGGGUCGUUUGAGUAUUACUCUGAUUUAGCGCAGCGUGAUCGAUUUCUCAGGGGUCGUAAGAUGGCCGAAAUUGAAGAGCCUGUUACUUUUUCCGACGGGAAUUCCACUUUCCAGAUUAGCUCUUUGGGAUUUUUGCAUUAUACGACGGUGACAUUGGGGACGCCAGGAGUGAAGUUUUUGGUGGCAUUGGACACGGGGAGUGAUCUGUUUUGGGUGCCGUGUGAUUGUUCAAGGUGUGCUCCCAUUGAGGGUGCAAGUUAUGCUUAUGGCGCUGAUUUCGAGCUUAGCAUAUACAACCCUAAAGCAUCAUCCACCAGCACGAAAGUUUCAUGCAAUGACACCUUAUGUCAGCAUCGUAAUAAAUGCUUAGGAUCAUUCAGGCACUGCCCUUACGUUAUCUCCUAUGUCUCUGCUGAGACAUCCACCUCUGGAAUAUUAGUGGAGGAUGUGAUGCACUUAACAACAGAAGAUCAUCACCCAGAAUCAGUUGAGGCUUACAUCACAUUUGGCUGUGGACAAGUUCAGACUGGUUCAUUUCUAGAUGUGGCAGCUCCUAAUGGUUUAUUUGGACUUGGUAUGGAGAACAUAUCAGUACCCAGCAUAUUAUCAAAGGAAGGUUUUAUAGCAGAUUCCUUCUCCAUGUGUUUCGGACGUGAUGGGGUUGGAAGGAUUAGCUUUGGUGACAAAGGUAGCCCUGGCCAGAAGGAAACCCCAUUCAAUGUGAAUACCUUACACCCUAGCUAUAACAUAACUAUAACUCAGAUUCAAGUAGGAACAACCCUCAAUGACGCAGAAUUUACCGCUCUCUUUGAUUCUGGGACAUCUUUUACAUAUCUCGUCGAUCCCUUUUAUACGAGCCUUGCUAGAAAUGUAAGCAUUUGGUUUGAUUUGGUUCAUAAUAAACACUGCCAUAUUGUUCUCUCUAAAAUCGGUUGUUUCCUUUCCACCCUUGCCUUGCAGUUUGAUUUACAAAUUAAAGAUAGGAGGCGUCCUGCUGAUUCAAGACUUCCUUUUGAGUAUUGCUAUGAUAUGAGACCUGAUGCAAAUACAAGUUUAGUACCCACUGUGAGUCUUUCUUUGAGAGGAGGUGGCCAGUUUAGAGUUUAUGAUCCUAUCAUUGUCAUUUCAACCCAGAUUGAACUGGUGUAUUGUCUUGCUCUGGUCAAGAGUAAAGAGCUUAGUAUUAUUGGACAAAACUUCAUGACUGGCUAUCGUAUAGUAUUUGAUAGAGAGAAAUUAUGCUUGGGCUGGGAGAAAUCUGACUGUUAUGACAUUCAGGUCUUUAAACCUUCUGCAGAAGGUAAUGACACCUUCGUUCCUCCUGCAGUUGCUGCACAACCGGAUAAUAAAACUUUAGUUGACACGGGGAGUUCAUCUUAUGGUUCAAGAACAUCACGGCAUUUUUGUGUAGUAUUUACUUGUUUGAUUAUCCUAAUUUUCACGAUUCUCUCAUUUCACUAAGUACCACAUGUGAAUUCCUUUUAUCCUCCAAUCUCUUGUAAGUUCCUUAGGGUCUCCAUUCUUAGAUCAGAUGCGUAAAGAGUAGUUUUUCUUCAGCACUGUAUUAUCAAGGGAAACAGGCUAAGGCAACUAUGUUAGGGUUUAUACGAAAUAGUAAGAGUAAAAACAUUUCACAGGCCA